UUGUGGGCACAAAUAUAUUAUGGAUUCUAGUGAAUAUUUAUUAUGGAAUAACAGCUAAGUAAUCACAGCCCACCACAGUAAUCUUAUCACUAAACCAUUUUACAUUUUGUUUAACUCAUUCUACGACUGCUACUUGAACGCACCACAGGAGAAGGAAGCAGAGCGCAGAGAAUGAAAUGAUACAAAUGUGACUUUGGACAACUUACUUGUCUUCGUUUUGGAAGAACCAGGGUUUGGAGGCUAUUUGGACCACUUCAGACAAACUUCGAGGAGGACAGAGCCAUGGCCGCCAGUUUCCAGAUCAGAAAGUUUCGUGAUGAGGAUGCAGAGGCGGUCCAGGAGGUCUUCACUGUCGGGAUGAGCGAGCAUGUGCCCUCUUCUUUCACACACAUUUUAAAGCAGCCCCUUACUCAGAUGGUGCUCAUGUGUAUGUUCUGUGCUCUGAUGACAAGCUCAAAAUCCUUCCUUUUACCGAUCCUUGCUGUUACAUUACUUCUUGCAGCUAUUCGCCAGCUAGUUGUCCACAUGUUUAACGCCUACAUCGAAACCUCACUCAAAAAAGACCUGCAGAACAUUUCAGAGACCUACCUCAAGCACAAGGAUUCUUGCUUUUGGGUGGCAGAGGUAGAUGGGCGUGUUGUGGGUACCGUAGGUUGUCUCCCAAAUGAGAACGUGCCUGAAGCGUUGGAGCUGAAGCGUAUGUCUGUGCGGCGCAGUCAUCGUGGCAUGGGCAUCGCCAAAGCUUUGUGCAGGACAGUGGCAGACUUCACUCGAGAAAGGGGGUAUGCAGCGGUUGUCCUUUACACAUCUGUGGUACAAAGAGACGCUCAGCACCUCUACGAGCACAUGGGCUAUGAGAAGACCAAGGAGUUUUCUGCGCCAGACUUUAUUGCCAAAAUAACUAACUUUAAUUUGUUUGAAUAUAGGCUGCAGUUGAAAAAAGAUGACUGAGUUGAAUAUUAUGUUAUAUUACUUACUUUUCUGUAAAGGAAGGUGAUUUAAGUAUAGAGUUAUCUUUAUGUCCAAUGUACUUUCAUGGGGCAAAACAUUUGAAUGCACAUUUCAAGGUUUGUUAUAGACAGAUACACACAAUUGAUGCACAAAAAGAAAAAGGUGUCCUUGUUCUUGUAUAAUAUAUUCUCUAUUAUGAGCUGUUUAAUCAUAGACCAACAAAUGAGUAAAAGGUGCAUUAUGUAACUUUUCUGAUGAAGAGACUGGGGACUGUUACUUGACCAAGUUGCUGGUCAACUUUUAUAGUAAGAAUCUAUGUUUUUGAAGGUAUUUUUUAGCAAUAUAAACACGUGGAAUGAAUGAAAGAUAAGUUUCCAGAAGCAUUCCAGGCAAAGCAAUAAGGAAACGGGCAGAUGUGAACCUUCCACCAGAAAAGUUACAUAGUAACCUUUAAGUCAAAUCACUGUUAUGGAAAACUAAAGUUUGGCUGGUGUAGUCUCAAAAUUUAAUCAAAAAAAUAAUGGAAAAAAAAGAAAAAACUCUUAUUUGACCUGUAAGAGGGCCUACUCCUGCUUGUUUUCAUGGAAAUAUUGUUCUUUUUACUAUAAUGUUCCAUAAAAUAUCUAUUCUAAAAUCACUAAAAUGAAUCCAUGGAGAAUGUUCUGCUGGAUUAAAAUAUAAUCAUGUAAAUUUUGGUAUGUUUUCGCUAUAUUUAAGGAGAGGGCAUUGGUUACAGGUUUAAAACUGGGUAAAAUAACAGUUUUUCCUUUAUUACCUGACUCAAUAUAUUCAUAGAGACCUGAUAAUAAGUAUACCAAAAGAGUUACAUUCACCAUGUACACUAAUAUGUGUCUUAAAAUAGACUGUACUGACCUCAUGCCCAGCGCCAGAUCCUGUAAAGGUAAAAUCAAAUUAUUGAUCAGAUCAUCAGUGUAUUAUCACACCACUCACUUCCAUACACAGAAACAGCCAUUCUGAGAGUUAUUGUCUAACUUUUAAUAAGUGCUUUGUUGACAGCUUGCAUCUUCCUUAGAAACUUAUCAUUUUCCAAUUUUUUCUGUUUGCCUGUGUAAAGUAAACCCAUAAUUUAAUACAUAAUGUCAUUUUAAACUACAGUGUGUGAUUGAGCUGGGGAUAAUUCAUUGUAAUUCUUUGUAUAUUCCUUAAAACAUGUCUUUUAAUAUGACUAGGUUAAAACAAUAAGAAACUGGCCACAACUCUGACUGACUGCAUUGUUUUAUGACUGUUAUGAUAUAAUUAAUUGGGGUUUUUUUUAUAAUGAUUUUUUUCUUAAUUAAAAAAAUGUUAUUUAUAAA